AUAUAAGAAAAAAUUCAUUUGACACAUGAAUCCAUAUUAUGGAUUUAUUCUCAAUUCUGUAUCAAUUUCUGCUAUUAUGGUUUUUCUUGUACAUAAUAAUCUUUACAUUACGGUUUAUCAGCACAAGAAAAAAGGAAUCUUUUAGUAGUGUUGGAAGUAGACGAAAACCGAUCAAUUCAAUUUUACCGACUUCUUCAUUCGUCAACAGUGACAAUUAUGAAUUGACCAUUCAAAGGGAUCAAUGGUCCAUUAAACUGUUUCAAGUCAAAUACACUACUCAGCGCCUGAAUGGAUUUUUUCAUUAUUUGACAACUCUUGCACCUAAAUUUUGGAAGGUAUGGUUUACUUGUGGUGCUGUUAUCGCAUCGUUUUUGAUGGCCGUGGGUAUCGCAGUGAUAUUAUUUGCUGCUGCCAAAAUACUAUACACUUUAGGCCAUGCUAUAGUUCCUUCAGCCCAAGCUCAGAAUGGUGAUACUCUCAGAAAAAGGAGUUUAGACAUGGAGAUUGAUGACGAACAAGUUUUUUUACCCAUGAUACCCGGCGUUACUUUGCCUAUGUCACAUAUCGGCUAUUAUUUAUGUGCACUAAUCAUAUGCGGUUUAUUUCAUGAAGCGGGCCACGCUAUUGCUGCUUACAGCCAGGGCAUACAUAUUCAAAGUUCGGGCAUGUUUGUUAUAUAUCUUUAUCCAGGAGCCUUUGUAAAUAUACCAGAUCAGCAAUUGCAAACUCUUAAAGCAUUCCAACAGCUACAAAUCAUAUGUGCUGGCGUCUGGCAUAACCUCGUGCUGUAUCUUUAUACCUAUAUCUCAUUAGCAGGAGGGCUCAAAUUAAUGCUGCUUUUUCUUGGAUGGCAAUCUUUAGAAGGGCAAGGUGGUGUUAGCGUUGUUCAUGUUCGACCCACCUCACCUUUAGCUGCACAUAUACCACCAUCUUCUAUUAUAUACCAGCUUGAUGACUAUCCGUUAGUGAAUAAUAUCGAAGAAUGGAAUCAAUACUUAUUGAACGAUAAAGGCAAGCAUACAAUUCAACAGGGUUUUUGUAUCGAUGAUCAUCAGAUAGAUCAAGAUCUUGGGCUUGAUUGCUGUCAGAUUGACGAAGAAUAUCCUUUCGGCAAAUCUACGAAUGCUUCUAUAUCAUGUUUUGCGACAUAUCCUUUUAUGCCAGAAUCAGAAAAGUUAUGCUUAGCGACAGUCAGGUAGUGAGGAUAUAUGCAAGUACUCCAGAUUGGUUACUAGACGAUAACGGAACCCCUUCUAUGACAAAUAAGGAGAAAGUGUAUAUUUUCGAAGGCGAACUAGUAGAUAUAUGGGAAAGCG